GAUAGACUAAGCGGGAUUUGCAUUCUGGUGGGCCUCCAUCGUAACAACUGUUUAACCCUCAGAGUAUGGUCACUCGCUCUACGGUAAUGGGGUCUUUCACGACUCACAUCGAUAUUUCACUAAUACACACGCAGCCUCGUCACUGUUGAUAAAAUAGGAAGGUCUCUAGAGAUCCCGUUACGAGGGUUAAAAUUAUAAGUAAAGCCUGCUUAUGAAUCUAAAAUCGCUGAUGCAAAUAUAAAUAAAUAUUUCAAAUAGAGUGGACCUAUAGAGUCGCUUUAAAAGGGUAAAAUCAUCGAAACGAGCGACCGAAUGGAUCCAGGUCAAUUUUACGCAACGCAAGGAUCCGUCGUCCUUGAAAACGAGUUUCUUAUAGAGGUGGGAAUCCGAAGAGAUUCCCGUUCUUUCAGAAUAUUAGAUUUCACUAUCGUUCCCCUGCGAAUCUCUUGAAUUCUUCGUGUGUGUACACUUGCGACUAGGUGCCUUAUCUUAUCGUUUUAGUAGUCCUUCGCAUCCACCCUUUCGAAUCAAAUAUUUCGCUUAGACGCGAGCAGAUAUCUCAGUAGAAUUUGCGACUCUUUCCGCACGUUGCACGAAUCGUUGUGUCGUGGAGUUUUUACGAUUAUGCGACCAGUCCUGAUCGGAAUAAUAUAAUUUAUGGUGUUAGAAAAUUUGUAAUAAAAUAGGAUACAAUAAACGAAGGGGGCGUACGAAUUUACUAUCAACCAUUGUUCUCGUUGUCUUCCGAGUGAAAGGCAGUUAACAUAGUUUCUUGCCAACCGUAUGUUGGCAGCGCUCGUACCGAGGAGCCGCCAAACCCAGCCAAACCGGUCAAGUGGACGGACUCGUCGCAAGGCUUGGAGACGACGCUUGGUUGCAUACUGGCUGAGUAAACAAAAGAUGGUCAGGAACGGUUACAUUCGGACCUGUAGAAUGUGAGUCUCGGUCUCGGUGGCCACGCUGCCAAUAGCCAGGAAGACGAGGUAGCCUCUCGUAGAUCGAUUAUCCUCACCUGUUGCUCCGUCGAAGGUGCUUCCUAUGGAGAACCGAGAACAUGUUACUUAGGGCAUUUGUGUGAUUAUUGUAGAAACUAGUCCGUGUGAUUGACCGGCACGUAUGGUCGGUACACGUCCGGAUGGUCACGAGAAUUAAAAUGGAACGAGUCCGGGGUGAUAUUGACCAGCAGCCAGGUGUUGGUCCCGCGAAAGAUUCGACGAAUUUUAUCGAAUUGAACGUCGACAUGAACGUGACCGUGUCGAACGUGAAGAAAUCAAAAAUGUUCCAAAGAUCGCGCGGAAUUAUUCUCUUCCUAUUGGCGAUCGUGUUCGCUGUUAUACUAUCUCACCUGAGGAAGGAAGUUCGCGCCUUGCAGAUACAGAUGCAAUCGGUGAACGUGAACUUGCUCGUAUUGAUGUCCAAAUACGACCGACUGAACAGAAGUUUGAACCGAGCGUGGUUUCAUCGGUUGGACAAAUCUCACGAUCGUAGGAGCAUGCACGAGAUCAAACAGCUCCUCGAGGGCGCUUCGUCGAUCACCGAAGCCAUCGAGAUAUUUGACGGUAUUCGUAACGAAACAAAGGAAACCUCGUACGCUUAUAAUGUGCAUAGUAAAUAUUUAAAUCCCGUCAGACCUUCGGAGAACGAACAGCCGUCGCACGCCGAUGUUCGUAGCACGAACGAUUAUCAGAACGAAGAAACGAGCUCGAACUCGUUAGCAACGCCGGAACACGGCAAGAAACUGGAGAACAACGACGUGUCUAAUUUACGUAUUGAAAGGGCGAUAUUAACGAUGGACAAGGGAAAUUCGUCGAAAGAACGAACAGAUUCGAACUCCGGCGAGACUGUUGUUUGCGAUAACGAUACCGACAAUGACUACGUCAAUGACGAUUUAGUAUUAAGGAGAGAACCUCGAGCCGGAAGGUCUCGAAGAGACGAGGGAAGAGGUAAAAAACGGGGAAAGAACAAAAGGCGGCCCAAACGCAGUCGCAGGCGAUUGGGUCCUCUAGUGGCAACAUUUGUUGGUGCAAUUCCUGAGCAACAUGUUACAGAUACAGUUUAUAUCGGACCGUGGGUAAAGAGCACCAAAAACAAUACUCAAUAUAGUUUAAAUAAAUUCCACUUAGUCGAGGACAAGAAGUCUAUAGAAGUUACCGCGACUGGUCUGUACAUGAUCUCUGCUCAGAUAUUUUAUUUCGGCGAACCAACUAAUUACUCAUAUUGGAUACUUCUGAGUUCGGAAGGUGAAUCCAAGACUCAGAAACUAGUGAAGUGUUCUACAGCGUCUUCCGCAUCAGCUACAGAAGUGUCAUGUUACACCAGUGUGAUUACAUUAUUACAGAGAGGUGACAGAGUUCACAUACAACAACAAGAGAAAAAUCGAUUAAUAAAUAUGCGAGAAGGGCACAGUUACAUACAACUCGUACUGUUGUCCAAUAACGCCCACAGAAAUCGUCAGUGAUAGAAUCACGCACAGUACAAAUUUUUGAACUACAUUGUGCCAUGGAGUGACUGCAAGGAGAUGAUUCUUGAAUGUGAUAAUAUCACAUUCGUUUUGCGCCAUUUUGCGAAAUGCGAUGCAACGUUGCAUUUGUUUUAAUCGUAAGCUUAAUUUUAAUCUAAUUAUAAUUAUUAAUUUUAUAAUAAUUAUAAUUGUACCCAUACACACACGUUUCACGAGUGAUAAUCUGAUUCAUAGAAUUUCGAUAUGCGUACAUGGUGUCGACCAUUAUUUUCCAUUUAUUUUCUUCCUUUUAUUACAUAUUCGACGAUUGAAUAUAAAUUAUAUAAUGAAGUUGAAGGUGCAUAAUAGACGAGAACACGGAGUAUAUAUACAAAGGAAUAAUGUUGAGUUGUAAGUGUAAUCUAGGCGGAUGAAAUUUGCAAUGACAUUAUAUCUUUGUACAUUUGCCGAUUUGCCUUAAGCUAAAUCGAUUACCGAUGUGAUGUUAAGUUUUAAGAAGAGUCAGUAAGAUUAAUGCAUGUUAUUGCGUUUUUUAUAUUAUUCAGUUUUGUACAUUUUCAUAUUGUUUAUAACAUUUGCGUGUACUGUUAAGGUCAUCGUAAAAUAUAAUUAACAAGAAUAAAAGGAAAUUUUUUAUGAG